CAUUAAAGCACCUAUCAAGCGUUUAUUAACAGCUAUGUUACCUAAGCAGUUUUAUUUUUUGGGAUGCAUCCAAAAAUGGGAAAUUUUGUCAUAUUCAGAAUGUUUCGCAGACAAAAUACUACUCUGAUGGCUUUCUAACUUUUUGAUGGCAAAACUCGAGCUUUUUAGAGACGUUGGAAUCAUUUGAGUGUGGAAUAAUAAUAUUUACUAUCAAAAUUGCACGAGCACGAAGUAAGAGAAGAUGAGCCCGGAGGAAGAGGGUAGCCGAGGGGGCGGGUCCCCGCCGGCUGCUGGGGCUGCACUACAUCAAACUUCUUAUCCAUUGACUGCUAGUCCACCUUCUGGAACAGAACCAAGUGCACGUGAAUCAGUUUUAACACCUAUUUCUGCAGCUGAUACCACAACUUAUGUCAAUGAUUCUACGAUUACUACAAUGCAUCAACAAUCUAGCAGUGUAAACAAAAGUCCCGUAGCUGGUGGUGAUGUCGAGAAAUUCGAUGGUAGAAUUGUGUACAACCCUGAUGGUUCAGCAUAUAUAAUUGAAGGAGAAAGCGAACUUAGUGACGAUGAUUCGCUACCUGAUGGCUGUAUUGUUGAUGGAAGAGGUAUAUCAAUUCCACACUCUUUAGUUUUUCCUCAAAUUGCCAAUGCUUAUUAUGUAUCGAGAUUGUACGCUCAUCAAGUUUAUCAACAACACCAACUUCAACGAUCAUCUACAGCUUCGUCUAAUUCUGAGCUACCUGUAAUGCACAGUUAUCGAGUAAUUAGUUAUAGAAGCUCUGACGGAACAAGACAGUCACCAGCUUCUGUAUUAGCACCAACAUUGCGACCUACUUCUGUACCAGUAAAACCUAUUUUGAUGUGUUUUAUAUGUAAACUAAGUUUUGGUUAUGCUAAAAGUUUCAUAGCACAUGCUCAGGGUGAACAUCAACUUACAUUGAUAGAUGAGGAGAGACAAAUACUAUCACAUUCAACUGCUUCUGCAAUAAUACAAGUUGUAGGAAAACAUAAGCAACCUAUUGUGAGUUUUCUUGAACCAGUUUCAACUUCUACGUGCUCUCAAGAUUCGUUGGAACAUUAUUCACUACAACGUUCAAAUAACAGCAACGAAAUAAAUUGCCAAAAUAAAUUAAACAAAAGCGGUAAAGAUCCAAGUAUAAAGAGUUUAUUUAAUAAUUCACAGACUUUGCAACAGAGGCUAAUAUCUGGUACUCCAAUAACAACAUCAUUGGCAAGUCAAAAUAUAAUAAAUAACAAUCAGCAACAACACGGUCAAUGGAUUAAUACUCAAGUAAGUUCCUCGCCAUGGUCAAAAGUUACUGAAAGUUCAACAAAUAAUUUUUCCACAUCUCCUUCACCUGCAACGCACAAAACCUCACAAUCAUCUUUUACGAGUACAUCUCAGCAACCACCAAAUUUUAUUAGUGGUACUACUAUUGGCGUGUGCCCUGAACAUAUUCAUGGUAGACCAAGUGGCGUUGAUUGUCCUAAAUGUGAAUUAAUCUUAGCGAGUAGUCGAUUGACAGCAGUUGGAGGAUCUUUAACAGGAAUACAUAGUCGAAAUUCCUGCAAAACUCUAAAAUGUCCUAAAUGUAACUGGCAUUACAAAUAUCAAGAAACUUUGGAGAUACAUAUGAAAGAAAAACAUCCAGAUAGUGAGACUUCAUGUAUUUACUGUAUAGCUGGGCAACCUCAUCCCCGACUUGCAAGAGGUGAAACAUAUACUUGCGGUUAUAAACCCUACAGAUGCGAAGUUUGCAAUUACUCAACAACUACCAAAGGAAAUCUCAGUAUCCAUAUGCAAUCUGAUAAACACUUGAAUAAUAUGCAAGAAUUACAAAGUGGUAAUAACGUUUCUGUAAAUAAUCCAACAUCAUCACAAGAACCCUCAUUAACAACUCGAAGUCCUCUUAAUCAACAAAAUCAGAGCCCAUUGUUGCCCACUCAAUCGACGAAUCAAAUUAAACCAAAACCAACUUUUCGUUGUGAUGCAUGUAACUAUGAAACAAAUGUAGCAAGAAACCUACGCAUUCACAUGACAAGUGAAAAACACACACACCACAUGCUUGUUUUGCAACAAAACAUUAAACAUAUCCAAACAUUAUCUGCUCUUCAGUCACAUCAUCAGCAAGUACAACAAAAUCAAAGUCAACAUCAUCAACAGCAGUUUGAACAAUUACUUCAUUUAGGUAAUCUAGAUAAGCCGCAGCACGCUGAGGCUGCUUUAGCUGAUAUGGCUUAUAAUCAGGCUAUUUUAAUACAAAUGAUAACAGGAGGUCAAUUACCUCCACAUAUACCGUCAGACAUAAUUGGAGGAAUCGGAAAUGCGAACACUUUAAUUAAUAUAGGAUCUGAUGUUGGGCUAUCUCCGGAAACCAUGGAACCUCCACCUGAGCCAUCAGAUCCAAAUCCUUCAAAUUUAUAUCACUGUUGUAUUUGUAAUAAUUUUUCUACAGAUUCCAUUGAAGAACUUGGUUUACAUCUUGCAUCUGACAGAACUAAAAAUCGAGAAAGUGAAAUACUUACCAAUAUUGCAGGCCAUUUUACAUGUAAACUUUGUUCUUACAAGACUAAUUUAAAAGCUAAUUUCCAACUCCAUUGUAAAACCGAUAAACAUUUACAAAGACUACAGCAUGUUAACCACGUUAAAGAAGGUGGAACUCAAAAUGAAUGGAAGCUUAAAUAUCUAGGUUCUCCAACAAGUUCAGCGCAAAUACGUUGCCAUGUUUGCGAUUACUAUACAAAUAGCGUUCAUAAAUUAGCUUUACACGCUGCAUCUCCAAGACACGAAGCUGCAGCUUUAUUACUUCGUCACUUACUUGAAGCUAGCGCUAAUAUUCCAUCAGCCGUAAAAUUAUAUCAUUGUGCCCUUUGUGGCUUCAGUACAAAAAAUAGACUGCCAUUACUACAACAUGUUAGAUCAUUGAGACAUCUUCAGAUGGAACAACUACAUCAAAUACAAAGAAAAUCUGGAACACAAACGAAUGAAAUUUUUCAUACUGAUAUUGGAGAUAUUUUUCAAGUUAUUCCGGAUCCUAACGAAACUGCUACAAACGAAGAAUCAAAAUCACCAGCUAAUUUGUUAUCUAGUACAACUACAAAUAGCGAACGUCGCGAAGAUGACAACGAUUGUGGUAAUGAAAUAAAACAAGAGAUAGAACAUGAUCAAGAUUUAGAUAAUGAUCAAGAACAAGAACAGGAUCAAGAAAUAGAAACUGAAGAUACAACUUGUUCGUUAUGUUCUUUUCAAGCAUCUACAAGUAAUGAACUCAAAAACCACCUGCAAGAUAGACAUGUUCAUAAAAAUAACGAAAUUAACACGACUUUCAAAGAUGAAUUGAACUUAGAACUGUUAUGUCCUCUGUGCCAAGAUAGUUUCAAACAUCGUUCUGAUUUAGAAAAACAUGUAAUGCAAAUUCAUUCUGUAAACACUGAUGGGUUACAAAGACUUUUACACCUUGUAGAUCAAAGUCAUUGGUUAAAUAUCAAUCCUCCAAAUUCAAAUGCGUCAAUAUCUUGCCGUACAUCUCAACUUCUUAUGCCCAGUAAAUCUCAGGAAGAGGAAAACCUAGAGCAAAUAAUUGGCGAAGAAGAAGAGAUAUCAAAGUGUAAUAUUUGUCAAAGAAUAUGCAGAUCAGUAAAAGAACUUCAAUUACACCAUCGAGAAUCUCAUUCAACAGUUAUGCCAUCUCUUGCUGUUAGUGAAAAACAUGUUUAUAAAUAUAGAUGUGGUCAGUGUAGUCUCGCUUUUAAAACAUUAGAUAAACUACAACAACAUGCACAGUAUCAUGCUAUCCGAGAUGCUACCAAAUGUAGUAUAUGUUGUCGUUCUUUCCGAUCUGUGCAGUCACUUCAUCGUCAUUUGGAAACAGCUCACUUAGAACUGCAAGAAGAUGAAUUGGCACAAUACAAGCAAAAUCUAAUAAGUUCUCAUCCUUUAUUACAGGCACUGACGGAAGAAGCUCUUCGACAACAAGGAUUAUUUAGUAAUGAACAUAUUCAUGAAGAUGAAUCAAAAGCUGGUGACGAUGACGAUAACGAUCUUAGUGAUUUACCACCACUGCGUAAAGAACAUCAAUUAUUAGAAGAAUAUCUUAAUAGUCAAUCCAUAGCCGAAGAUUCCUACAAUGAUCCUGAACGAAAAUUUAAAUGUCACAGGUGUAAAGUUGCUUUUACAAGGCAAUGUUAUUUAACUGGACACAACAAAACACUGUUGCACAGAAAAGGUGAAAAAAUGCCUUAUCCCAUGGAAAAAUAUUUAGAUCCAAACAGACCAUACAAAUGUGAUGUAUGUAAAGAAAGUUUCACGCAAAAAAAUAUCUUGCUUGUGCAUUAUAACAGUGUUAGUCAUUUGCAUAAACUAAAAAGAGCUAUGCAAGAACAAGGCAAUAAUAAUACUGUCAUAACUGUUGCACCUUCCGUAAGCCCAACUGAGUCAAGUGAUAGUCAGCUGGAAUCAGAUAAAAAGCCUUAUAAGUGCAAUAUUUGCAAAGUUUCUUAUUCUCAAGGGAGUACUUUAGAUAUACACAAAAGAAGUGUUCUCCAUCAAACACGAGCUAGUAAAAUUCAUGAUCUGACCAUCACUGGACAAAUAGACUUAACAAAACCAUUGAUCGAACAACCUACGUCAAAUCCUAAUAGUCCAUCUUGUGGUAAUAAUCUAGAAAGUAAUACUUCCAUGUUUUCUUGUUCAAAAUGUAGUGCUCUUUUCAUUACUCAAGAGCAGCUGUCUAAUCAUCAACAAAUGUACUGCAUUUUUAGUAACCCACUAGCACUUUUUCAACAAAUCACAGCAUCUCAGAAAGAAUUAAUAUCACCAUCAAAAACUCCACCUCCAUCAGUAUCGUCAACUGGAUUAUCUGAAAAAAAUAUACGAUCACCAAGUUCUUUGAGUAUUCUGACUUCUCAAGAUAUGUUUUAUCAACCAAAACACAAAACUUCACAAAUAUACAAGCAUUUACUUGAAAGUUUCGGCUUUGAUUUAGUCAUGCAGUUUAACGAGAAUCAUCAAAGAAAGCAAAGGAAAGAAGGAGAAGAAAAUGUAACUUCAUAUCGAAUGCCAAUUCAAGAGUCUAUAAAUACAGAUUAUCAAAAUCGAAUUAUUGAAAAUCAACUUUGCCAUGAAAAAGAACAAGAUCAAUAUGAUAUUGGUGAUGAAGACAUUAUUCCAGAAAUUAAAAAAAGUACUUGUCAACAUUGCAAUAAGGACUUUAGUAGUGUAUGGGUUCUCAAAGCGCAUUGCGAAGAAGUUCAUCGUGAUUUAGUUCCGCGUGAAUUCCUUGAAAAAUAUGCACAACAGUUUAAAUGUGAAUAUGAAAAGAAGACUGUCAUUGUGACGGCUGCAACAUCAUCGUCAACAACGACUGGACCUAUCAGUAGUAUACCAACAUUAUUUCAUAUUCAGGACACCUUAUCAGAGAACAAAGAAAAAGAUGAUUCAUCAGAGAACAAAGAAAUAAACAAUAAAUCACCAGAAGCAACUUCUACCACACCAAAUACUACACCAGCAUUAAGUAAUACACCCGUAUCGAGUACAGGUUCAGUAACACCUACAGUUUUAAGCAACAUUCCUCAAAAUCCCAUUCAACAUCAACAAGCUCACUUAACAUUAGCUCAACAUAUGUCUGAAGUACAAGCUGCGUGCAUUAAUGCAUUAGCAGCAUCACAUCUACAACAGCAACUCCAUCAGUAUCCAAGUUUGAUGAUGAGUAUGAUGGGGUUACCAAUGGGCAUCAACGUACCAGCGUUAGCAGCAAUGAAUUUGCAACCUCCCUUGGUACCAAUGAUGUUACCACCCCAAAAUUUCGAUGGAAGUAAUAUUGCUUAUGUUUCUUCACCAACACAGUCUGAUUUACUUACAAAACAGCAUCUUAAUGUACAGCAUUCACAACAAGCUGCUUCGAUUAACGCUACUGUAUCGCAGAAACGAGCAAGAACUAGGAUAACUGAUGAUCAACUUAAAAUUUUAAGAGCUCAUUUUGAUAUCAAUAACUCACCUGGAGAAGAUCAAAUUAUUGAUAUGGCUGCACAGAGUGGAUUGCCACCAAAAGUUAUAAAACACUGGUUCCGCAAUACAUUAUUUAAAGAACGACAACGAAAUAAAGAUAGUCCUUAUAAUUUUAAUAAUCCACCUAGUACAACACUGAAUUUGGAGGAAUAUGAAAAAACUGGUGAAGCUAAAGUGUCACCUUUAAUUUCUGGUACAAAUACUAUCUCUGCAGAACAUAAAACUGACGAGCAAAAUAUGACUACGAGCCAACAAAAUAAUGAUAAUAUUCUUCGUAACGAAAUCAAACAAGAAUAUUGUGAUCGAACUAUUAAUCAACAAUCUAUUGAUGAUCAUCAUUCUCCAGAAAGUUCUGGAGACCAGCAUUCGGGACCACAAUCUCCUGCUGUAACUUCAGCUAUAAGUAGUAGUCAUCAAGAACCAUUAACAAAUAUUGCCACUUCCAGUCUUACUGAUGCAUCUACUAUGCUUCCUCCUAAGGUGACUUCUCAACAUUUUUUUACACCAAAUCCCCAAUUAAUGAAUACUGUAUUGCCUAACGCAUCUCAAGGAGUUCCAACAAAUACAAGAUGCUUAAGUCCUAAAACAUCUGAUUUUACAUUUAAUAAUAGUAAUGGCAGUAAUUCAGGGGGUAAUAGUUCUGGAAAAAGAGCAAAUAGAACGAGAUUUACAGAUUAUCAAAUUAAAGUUCUACAAGAAUUUUUUGAAAAUAAUGCUUAUCCAAAAGAUGACGAUUUAGAAUACUUGAGUAAACUAUUAGGAUUAAGCCCACGAGUUAUAGUUGUUUGGUUUCAAAAUGCUAGGCAAAAAGCGCGUAAAGUAUAUGAGAAUCAACCUCCUCUAGAACCAAUUUCUUCUGGAAGCCGAGAUAAUGAUGAUGGAACAGGUCGAUUUCAAAGAACACCAGGUCUUAAUUAUCAGUGCAAAAAGUGUCUUCUUGUGUUUCAACGUUAUUAUGAACUUAUUCGACACCAAAAAACUCAUUGUUUUAAAGAAGAAGACGCAAAGCGAAGUGCUCAGGCACAAGCAGCUGCUGCUCAAGUGGCAGCUGUUUUCAGUUCAGAAGAUAGCAAUAGUAGUUCAACUACUAUAAUUAAUACCCAACCAACAAAUUCUUAUAAUUCUCAAUCCAAUUCUGACCAAUUAAGUGCUAAUACAAAUUUCUUCCCUCAACAAGCAACGCAUCCUCAUCAAUUAAGUCAACAAUGUGUACAAUCAGAAUCAAAAGACCAGAAUUUUCAAUGUGAUAAAUGCAAUUUAGUCUUUGGCAGAUUUGAAUUGUGGCGCGAACAUCAAUUAGUGCAUAUCAUGAAUCCUACUCUUUUUCCUCCAAAUUAUCCACCGGAUUCUGCUUUCGGAAUUUUGCAACAACAAGCGUUACAUAACUCGAAUUCAUCAUCAGAUAUAACUCAUUCUUUGAUAAACGUAAUACAAGAAAAAAAGAGAAAAUUUGAUGACUUCGAAGAAAGUCAAAGUGCAGAUGGAAAAUCGACUUCAGAUCACAAUGAGCAGCCGAAAGAUAAAAGAUUACGCACAACGAUACUUCCAGAACAAUUAGAUUAUUUAUAUCAAAAAUAUCAAAUAGAAUCAAAUCCAUCGAGAAAAAUGUUAGAAACUAUUGCAAAAGAAGUAGGGCUCAAGAAACGCGUUGUACAAGUAUGGUUUCAAAAUACACGUGCUCGAGAAAGAAAAGGCCAAUUCCGAGCGCAUAGUCAAGUUAUAAAUAAAAGAUGUCCAUUCUGCCCUGCUCUGUUUAAAGUAAAAUCAGCUCUUGAAUCGCAUUUGCAUAGUAAACAUGCUGAUCAAAUAGCAAGAGGAGAUAUUAAUGUUGACAAUAUUCCUGAUGAAGAAUUGUCCUUAGAAUCAUCACCUUCAAAUUCGAGUACUCCUAACUUAAUAUCCCCCCUUUUCCCAUCUAUCAGUACAGAAGUUGAGGCGUCGAUCAAAAAGUAUUACGAAGAAUCAAUGAAACGUUACAUUUCAGAAUUUCAAACGCAUGCCAAUAAUGGGAAACAAGAUACAAAUAAUACUUUAUUCCCAUGUAGUAGUUAUGAAUGUCCUUUGGAUUUGAGUAAGCCAGUUGAUUUGAGCAAAUCAGUGAAGUUGACGAUAAAUAACUUAUGUGGUUUAAUCGAUGAUCAGAAUCAAAAUCAACUUACUCGAAGCGGUAGUGACUAUGGUCCUUUAACAGACUUAUCAGAAAAAAGUAUUUGCGACGAUGAUAGCUUGAGCGAAACAACUGAGUUUAUUGAUGAAGAAAAUUGUCCAAUUAGUCCAAUGUCUAAUCCUCAAAGUUCUAAACACAUAACCAAUAUUGGAAAUAUUUCUAAUUUAAAUGCUGGAGGAAAUUCAACAUCUCAGAGUAGUGGUAAACGUUAUAGAACACAAAUGUCAACAACGCAAGUAAAAGUUAUGAAAUCAUUAUUUUCGGAUUACAAAACUCCAACAAUGGCUGAAUGUGAAAUGUUAGGACGAGAAAUAGGAUUACCUAAACGAGUUGUUCAG